GAGCACUUUCAAAAAUCAGUUCAUCGGGAACCUCAAAAGCGGGUGCACACUUGACUCGUGUUACUUUCGUGAAAAAAUAAAUCAUUAAAAAAUCAUAAAAAAAGCAAAACAAACAAAUAAUAAAAAGAAAAUAUAAUAAAACUGCCACGCAUUUGCUUAUAAUACAAAUUUACCAAAGUCUUAAAAUAUAUUUUUAUACAAAAAACAAAAAAAAACAAAAAGUGUAUUAGCACCGCUAUAAUACGUAGCAUAUACAUAAUUUCGCAAUUUUUAUUAUCGCUCGAGUGAAUCUGAAAGAAUAAGCAUAAUAAUGGCCACAGUGCAGCAGCCAAACGGUUUACUAAACACUAAAACCGGCUUAAAGGGAGAGGAACUUAUUGAUAUGGAGGUUGAUCACACUGAGAAGCACUCGCUUAACCAUGAUUUUAUGGACUCGGAACGCAGUGAAAUAGAUGGAGCAAUGCGACAUCCAGAGGAACUGGAUGCUCUGGAAGAACUUGCUACCGUGGAUGUAAAUGCUUAUGCUCAUAAGAAAACCUUGGCACAGGGUAUGAUGGAUUUAGCAUUACUCACAGCUAAUGCCAAUCAGUUGCGCUAUGUGGUGGAGACCUAUAAAAAUCAUCCUUAUUUUUAUCCCAGUUUGGUAUUAUUGAUACUUAGUAUUGGCUUCCAAAUAGCCGUAGGCGUUGGUUUGAUACUCAACAGUCGUUACAACAUUGAAGACAAAAAGGAAGUAUGUCAUGCUGAAAAAGUUAGCAAUUACACAAUAUGCGGCAUUUUUAUAAUAACUGUGAUCAAUGUCUUCAUCUCUGCGUUCGGCGUAGCGGACGCGCCUGAUGGCAAGUAAUGGUGGAAACCGCUCCAAUCACCAGGGUGCUUAAAAGGAUGUGAUAUUCAAUAUUAUUGUUUGUUUUUUAACGAUAAAUAUCGCAUUUUAUAUAGAAAGUGCAUUACAUAAUUAUGUUUAUGUAUAUAAUAUGUAUGCAAUUAUAAGUUAGCUUAAGUAAUCACACAUUUAAUUGUUUUAUAAAAAAUGUAAAGUAGCGUAUAUAAGUGUACUUUUUAAUUAGACAUGAUCAUAUCUCGAAUACUUUAUGCACAUCAAACAUAUAUUUGUAUAUCACAUGUAUAGAGUAUAUUCCUAAAUUAAUUCGAAAGUUGAUUUAAUAUAUAUUUUUUUAUAUUUUUAA